AUGACAUCGUUCGGAGCAACAGAAAUAGUUCGAAAUACUAAUGCAAAUGGUCAACAAUUCAAUUCUACAUUCAAAAUCAGAGGCCAAGUUUAUCAUAAAAUGGGCUCACUGCUGCCAAUGCCAAACGAACCACAUAAAUUCUUACAAAUCUACUUUAUGGGCGGCGAGGAUUCCGGAAGCGCACUUGCCAAUCGCGUGAAUGCACGUUGUGAUUAUAAUAACCUUGAUUCACUUUAUGCCAGACGCAUCGUCAGCGAGCUAGAUGCUCUUUUGAACGAGCACAACGAGUUGUUGAAAAUAUUCAAAUCACAUAUGCACCAAUUACAAAGCGAUAAUCACGCUAUCGUCAUUAAUCCUGAUAAAACACCAGCUGGAGAGCAUAUUCGUAGAUUCAAUGCACCCGUUGUUGAUGAUGUUGCUGGAAUCAUGGUUGGCGAUUGUACAGCUGCACGAGAAAUUCUGAUUCGUAGAAGAAAUAAUAAUCUUCAGUUCAUUGCUGACACACAUCGUUCAGAUGACGCUCUCCAAUAUCCGCUAAUAUUCUGGAAGGGACAAGACGGAUAUUGCAUAAACAUAAAACAACGAGAUCCCGUAUCAGGAGCUGAAACAAACAGGAACGUUAGCUCAAAGGAUUAUUAUGCGUACCGAUUAAUGAUUAGACGUGGCCUGGACAACGUCAUUUUACGAUGUCGUGAGCUUUGUCAACAAUUCAUGGUCGACAUGUACGCGAAGAUUGAGAGCGAACGACUACGAUACUUACGAUAUAAUCAACAAAAGCUGCGCGCGGAAGAGUACAUUCAUUUGCGAGACGCUAUCAACAACAACGCCGACGUCGCCGAAAUUGGUAACCAUGUCAUUUUACCAUCAUCGUACGUAGGCAGUCCACGUCAUAUGCAAGAAUAUAUACAGGAUGCUCUGACUUUCGUGCGCGAAUAUGGACGACCAUGUUUAUUUAUCACGUUCACAUGUAAUCCAAAAUGGCCAGAGAUUACAUCUUUGCUACUGCCUGGCCAAAAUGCAAUACAUCGCCAUGACAUUACAGCACGUGUGUUCAGACAAAAGUUGAAGUCUUUAAUAAGUUUCAUUGCUAAAUCACAUGUAUUUGGUCCCACACGUUGCUGGAUGUAUUCGGUUGAGUGGCAAAAGCGAGGAUUACCUCAUGCACACAUUUUGGUUUGGUUCAUCGACAAAAUCCGUCCUGAAGAAAUCGAUAGUAUCAUUUCUGCGGAAAUUCCAGAUCCAUCCACUGACCAACUGCUGUUUGAUAUUGUUACAACAAACAUGAUUCAUGGUCCAUGUGGUACUCUUAAUAGUUCAUCGCCUUGCAUGGCUGAUGGAAAAUGUACUAAAAAUUUGCCUAAAGAUUUUACCAAUGAUACGGUCACAAAUGUCGACGGAUACCCAAUAUAUCGUCGAAGAAAUCCUGAAAAUGGCGGACAGUCAUUUAUUAAAAAUAUCAUCAACACAGACAUUGAUAUUGACAAUCGUUGGGUGGUGCCAUAUUCGCCUCUGCUGAGCAAGACAUAUAAUGCUCAUAUUAAUGUUGAGUUCUGCAGUUCUGUGAAGAGCAUCAAAUACAUUUGCAAGUAUGUCCAUAAAGGCAGUGAUAUGGCUGUGUUUAGAGUGGAAAAUACUAAUGUGAAUGCUCCUCCAGUGAAUAAAAACGAUGAAAUAACGCUCUACCAAAUUGGUCGGUACAUCAGCUCCAAUGAAGCUGCUUGGCGUAUCUUUGGUUUUCCAAUUCAUGAACGGGAUCCAGCAGUUGUUCAGUUAGCCAUCCAUCUUGAAAACGGUCAUCGUGUAUUUUUCACGAACGAGACAGCGAUUGAUCGUGCAAUAAAUCCACCUAAAACUACACUCACUGCAUUUUUUGAAUUGUGUAAUCGUGCGGAUGAUUUUGGUGCCUUUGCACGAACAUUACUCUAUUCACAAGUACCACGCUAUUUCACAUGGACUCAAACAAAAACAUGGAUGCCCCGCAAGCAAGGCUCACCAGUUGCUGCAUGUCUCAAUUUAUUUAAAUCAAACGCCUUGGGGCGAUUAUUUACAGUCAAUCCAAGACACACGGAGUGCUUUUAUCUUCGACUGUUGUUGGUUAAUGUUACUGGCCCAUUAUCAUUUCAAGAUAUACGUAAAGUGAAUGGGCAACGAUAUCCAACGUAUAAAGAUGCAUGCCUUGCACUCGGCUUGCUGGAAGACGACAACCAGUGGGAAUGCAUGCUUGCUGAAGCUGCAUUGAACUGUACAGCAAUACAAAUUCGUCUACUAUUCGCUAUAGUGUUGACUACAUGUUUCCCAGCCCGAGCACAGAUAUUAUGGGAAAAUCACAAAGAUUCAAUGACUGAUGAUAUAUUGCAUCAACAUCGUAUACGGUGCCACGAUCUAACCAUAACAUUCAGCGACGAAAUGUACAAUGAAGCAUUGAUUGCUAUUGAGGAUCUUUGCAUUGUCAUUGCCAACUUACCACUUAGUAAUUUCGGUAUGAAUUCGCCAAAUCGAACUGCAUCUGUAGAAAUGGCAGCGAUUGUUGCCCGCAAUGUCCCACUAAUGAAUGAGGAACAAAGAACCAUUUAUGAUCGCAUUAUGCUCGCAGUUUCAGCUGGACAAGGUGGGUUCUUCUUUUUGGAUGCACCGGGUGGAACUGGCAAAACAUUCGUUAUUUCGCUAAUUCUUGCUGAAAUACGAUCAAAUAAUGGCAUCGCAUUGGCCGUUGCAUCAUCGGGCAUUGCAGCAACUUUAUUGGAUGGAGGUAGAACAGCUCAUUCAGUAUUUAAGCUGCCACUAAAUAUUCAGAAUAACCCUGACGCAGUAUGCAACAUUAAGAAACAAUCGUCCAUGGCCACUGUGCUGAAACGGUGUAAAAUUAUUAUUUGGGAUGAUUGUACUAUGGCACACAAACAUUCACUUGAGGCGUUGAACAGGACAUUGAAAGAUAUUAAAAACAGUGACAAACUAUUUGGCGGAACUCUGUUGGUCCUUUCAGGUGAUUUCAGACAAACACUUCCAGUCAUUCCACGUUCAACAUACGCUGAUGAGAUCAACGCUUGCUUAAAAUCAUCUCCAUUGUGGCGUAAUGUUGAAAAAUUACAGCUAAAAAUAAAUAUGCGCGUUCAAAUGCUUUAA